AUGUUCUACCCCCAAGCUCAAGCUUCCAGUAUCAGCCUCUUGAGACGUAUAAUCAUGGUCUGGGUUUCCAACCAAUCCGGCACAUGCCUCAAUGUCUCCAUCACUGCCCGCUCUGGCGGUUCAGCUGCCGUCUACCCAGUUGAACAUGCGCCAGAAGUCUGGGCCGUGAACCACUGGUCACGCGCAGCGAAUGCUUCUGAGACAGCUGUUAUUCGGUUGAGGAACACCUCUGUCACGGUGAACAACGUGAAGGGGACUGAUCUCCUCCUGGUCUAUAACAAUGCGGUCAUCCAAGUCCCGGACACCAAUUUUCUUUCAAAAAACUUGCGGAUGACCACACCAAAUAUCGUGAUCGCUUUCUUAAUGACCUCGAACUGCGCCAUCCGUGAUAUUUCAUAUCAAGCACCGGUGACGUUGAGAAAGGCGCAACUAGAACCCCCGCCCUGGCAAGAACCCCAAGACCUCUACGACAACCAGAUCAAUGCUCGUCUCGCCCAGGUCGACAUUCUUCUCGCCGAGAUACGACUCCUGCGCGAACAACGCAAUGCGGAUUGCAGCAAGACGAGGAGGUUACCUUCGGAGAUGAUUUCUAAGAUUUUUGGAUUCCUGGCCCAUGACUUCAAUCUAGACGCCGAGAGAAGGCUGUUGAGAUAUCCUCAUUUGAAGUGGAUGCCAGUCACACAUGUCUGCCGUGCCUGGCGCAACAUCUCGUUGAACGAGCCCGCGCUGUGGACCAGUUUUGUCAGCGUACAUCCCAAAUUUAUCCAGGAAAUAUUUGCAAGGACCGGGACGGCACCACUCACCUUGCGGCACGAUGGGUUAGGAGACUUGGCGUCAGCGAACCUUCGAUGCAUUUUCGAACAUAUAGUGGAGCACCCGGAGCGAGUCAAGAAGUUGUCAGUAUAUGCCAAGGUCCCUUUCGUCCACCUCUUCAACAAGCCGGCACCGUUCUUGAAAAUUCUCAUUACUGCUCCGGACGUAGAGUUCCCUCCAGACUUCCUUGGUGGGGUGGCACCCCGACUGACGUACGUCAAUUGCCGCGGAUGUUUGCCACCUAAAGCAAAUUGGCUCGCGAACAUUACGAAGUUGGACUGUGGACAGGUGUAUCUGGAGGCUACCUAUCUGUCAAAUUUAACCCAGCUUCGACUUCAUCGGGGUUGGGCUGCUCUAGAUGCAGAAGGUAGUGUGAUACAGUGCCCAGGUAUUGACCUUCUGCUCUCGGGUCUGGAGAAUAUGCCAUCGCUGCAGUGCCUUCAUGUGACUCUCCCCGAGGAUAUGGAUACAGCACCCAGCACCCGCUCGACACCAAUACACCUUCCCCACUUACGUGGCAUCGUUGUACGCUUUGAGCAACCAAACAUAGCCACGAUGUUUGACCAUCUCAGAGUGGACAACAUCGAGUCGCUGCACGCAUCUUGGAAGAACUGUACGCCAGUGGUCGAGCCUGUGCUCCACUUCUUCGACAGGUGCUAUCAUGGUAGUAAUUUGCACUACUUGAUGCGGGCGCCGGGGGAGGUGGAAAUGUGCCACCCUACCGACUCCAAUGGAGUCCAUAUACCCAUCCUGAGCCUCAAAGGUCGCGGUCCGAUCGAUUUAGCAAGCAUCUUGAGCCUGGUUACCCUUUGCGUCCCCCGUAUCUUCCAAAUGAAACGAAGUCAGAAAUCAGGAAUGCCUCUCGAUCUCAAAGAAUGCGAAACCAUCGAAGAGCUGCACCUCUCCGCCAGCUUCGAUUUGUCUGCUCUCUUUGACUUGGACGAAGAUACUUCUCCGCCUUAUCCGUCGCUUCGGCGCCUUCGAUUGGAGGGUACCGAUUUCGUCUGCGACUCGGGACAUAUCCCCCUCCUGAAACGCUGGCUUGCUCGACGACAGUCAACAAUUGAUCUUGUUCUCGAACACUGUGACCUAUCCCAGUCGGAUCUCGAGUCUCUGCAGGAAGUGGCCUGCGUUACCGUUUCUUGA